AAGUUCGUAAUAAAGAUGUCAGCCAUAUUCUCUGCUGGUUGUGCCAAAACAUAAAUCCGUAAAUAACGUCUUCUCGCCGCUCUGAAAUCACUUAAGUGAGCUAGUGCCCGUUGGUCAGCAAGUGAAAUAAUUGACACGGAUUAUGUGAUAUCGAUUGUUCUUAAUUCGAUUAGGUUAAUUUAGAGAAAGAGGUUUUUGUGAUAAACUUUACUACAGUUUUCGCCGCGCCGCAAAUCGUGCAGUUUUACCGCCUUUUUGGACAGACAUUCAUGACAACAAAUAACCAGCUGAAAAAAACGUAUUGUCUAACACACUGCAAUUAUGCAGAGACCACGAAACGAAGAGACUACUCGUGGUAGAGGCCGUUCAUCAUCUGGAGGAAGAAUGGCUUUACCGAACAAAUCGAAUGCUGCGAAUCUAAGUUGUUUAAUGGUUGGCCCCAAUUUUAGAGUCGGAAAAAAGAUUGGCAGUGGAAACUUUGGCGAAUUGAGACUAGGCAAAAAUUUAUAUAAUAAUGAACAUGUGGCCAUCAAAUUGGAGCCUAUGAAGUCCAGGGCUCCUCAGCUGCAUCUCGAAUACCGCUUUUACAAACAGUUAGGACAGGCCGAGGGAGUUCCACAAGUUUACUACUUUGGCCCAUGUGGAAAAUACAAUGCUCUUGUCAUUGAACUUUUAGGACCUAGUCUCGAAGAUUUAUUUGAUAUAUGCGAUCGCAAAUUUACGCUCAAGACCGUAUCGAUGAUUGCGAUACAAUUGUUGACUAGAAUGGAGUAUGUGCAUUCCAAACAUCUUAUUUAUCGUGAUGUGAAACCGGAAAACUUUCUCAUUGGUCGCAAAUCUAGUAGCAAGGACCAUAUCAUACACAUAAUAGAUUUUGGUUUGGCGAAAGAAUAUAUUGAACCGGAAACUCACAAGCAUAUCGCCUAUCGGGAACAUAAGAGCUUGACUGGAACCGCUAGAUACAUGAGCAUUAAUACGCAUUUGGGAAAAGAGCAAUCAAGAAGAGAUGAUUUAGAGGCUCUUGGACAUAUGUUUAUGUAUUUUUUAAGAGGUUCCUUACCUUGGCAAGGAUUGAAAGCAGAAACCCUUAAAGAGCGUUACCAAAAAAUAGGCGACACAAAGCGCGCAACCAGUAUUGAGACGUUGUGCGAAGAUUUUCCUCCGCAAUUAGCUACGUACUUACGGAGUGUGAGAAGAAUGGACUUCUUUGAAACACCAGACUAUGAGAAUUUGCGUAAGUUAUUUUAUGACAUGAUGCACAAAAACCAUUGGGAACUGGACUACAACUUCGACUGGACCGGGAAGCACAACACUAACCCUUCCAUCGGUUCAAAUCAAGUAGUUAAUGAUCCAGUGGAUUCAAAUCCUGCCAAUCCCUCUUCCCCUGCGAACAAAACAUCUGGCAAGCCACAGGUAUUAUUCUAAAUCAAUUCGUUAGAAACAUUUAUGAAACCUCCAUAAGAGACUUUAAGGCAUUAAAAGUAUAAAAUCUUUAGAUAUAAUUUGUUGAUAGUCCAAAUUCAUCGAUGCACAACAAAUUGUAUAAAUAACUUCUAAUAUAAAAAAAAAUUCAUAAACAUAAUUAAAAGAGAGCGUUACAGGCUCCUGGAGCGGGGCAACAGAGGGGUAAUGCUUGGGCAGAAAAUAAUCGAGGCAGUCAACUGCUAGUGGCUGCCACUGAUCGACAUGGCGGAUCCGUUCAGGUAAAAUGAUUGCACACAGCGCAUGUCAAAAGAAAUCAUCCCACUAUUGCUGUUGUCCUCUGCUCCACAUUUUUGAUUUUAUAAAUUUUUUCAUUAAAAGUGACCACCGUAAAUGUAGCCGCCAAUAAUACAGGAUAAUAUAAACAAUCAAAUUUUUUUUACAGGCUGUCAGUUCAACACAUGAGGAAAGAGAUGAUACCGGACCUAACUAUUCCCAAACCCCAAUUGCAGGUGGAACUGAUGGAGUGGAUAUGGAAGAAGGUACUGCGAAUUGUUGUGGGAUUAAAGUGGGUAGGAAAAGCCGCCGCAAGAAAAUGAAGCAACAACACGGUCGUCACGCUUAAUGGACAAAUACGCGCCUGUUAGAAAAAUGUGAUUCGAAAUCACAUUUAUCGUGAACACUGAUUUUACUUUUGUCUAUUUAGAGAAAGAAAAUUUUAGGUUGGUAAAUGUGUUUUUUUUGGUAAAAAAAAAAAGAAAAACAGGAACGAAUCGGCGUUUUGGCUGAUGUGUGGUCAAAUAAACGUAAAUGUAUAUAUAUUAUGAAAUAAAAUAAAUCAUCAUAAUUAAUCAUUGCCUUAAUUCCUUAUACUAUCAAUUUAUAUAUUAUAUAUAAUAAUACAAGUAUAUAUGACAAGUUUACAAA